AUGCUGCCGGCCGUGUGGGGCUUCCUGAAGCGUCACAAAAAGAAAUGCUUUUUCCUCGGCGCUUUCCUGGGCGGGGUUUAUGUACUUGGAAAAUAUGGUCAGAAAAAAAUGAAAGAAAUUCAAGAAAGAGAAGCAGCAGAAUAUAUAGCACAAGCAAGAAGGCAGUAUCAUUUUGAAAGUAAUCAGAGGACUUGCAAUAUGACAGUACUAUCAAUGCUUCCAACAUUAAGAGACACUUUGAUGUAUCAGCUGAAUUCUGAGAGUCUCACUUCCCUGCUGAAAAACAAGCCAGCCAAUAAGUUAGAAAUAUGGGAAGAAUUGAAGAUUAUAAGUUUUACGAGGAGUAUUGUAGCAGUAUACAGCACAUGCAUGCUCGUAGUUCUUCUCCGAGUCCAAUUAAAUAUUAUUGGUGGAUACAUUUACUUAGACAAUGCAGCAGUUUGCAAAAAUGGCACUACACUUUUAGCUCCCCCAGAAGUUCAACAACAAUAUUUAUCAAGUAUUCAACAUCUCCUGGGAGAUGGUUUGACCGAAUUAAUAAGCGUGGUUAAGAAGACUGUGCAGAAUGUAUUUGAGAGUGUUUCUCUCAAGCAUGCCCUUUCCCUCUUGGAUCUGGAGCAGAAGCUAAGAGAGAUUAGAAAGGUAAUUGAACAGCCUGAAGAUUCUGCAUCUGAAGAAGCUGUAUCACGAUCCCAGUUAUGUCAUUACAUGAUGCCGGAUGAAGAGAAUCCUUUAGCUUUCCAGGCUAAUGAACUUACAGAAAAAGAUGUUGCUACCAUUAAGUUACUUAAUGAAACAAGAGAUAUGUUAGAAAGCCCAGAUUUUAAUAGAGUUUUGAGCAGUUGCUUAAAUAGAGGAUUUAGUCGAUUACUGGAUAACAUGGCAGAAUUCUUCAGACCUACUGAACUGGACAUAUGCCAUACUGGCUCUAUGAACAGUCUUUCCAGUGCCAGUCUUCCUCUAGCCAAGAUAAUUCCAAUAAUAAAUGGGCAGAUCCAUUCAGUCUGCAGCGAAACACCUAGCCAUUUUGUUCAGGACUUAUUAAUGAUGGAACAAGUGAAAGACUUUGCUGCUAAUGUAUAUGAAGCCUUCAGUACUCCACAACAACUAGAGAAGUAAACUAGAGAAGUAAACUGCUGUUCAAUAUGUACAGAAUAUACUAUUUAGUAUCCAAUUAUUGUGACUUUUCAUUUUGAUAAUGAAACUCUUAACAGAGUGAUAUAGAAUGACUGUCCUUGUAAAUCAAACACAUUUUAAAAAGUUCAUUUCCAAAUUUUUAUAAUGGAAUUCCUACAGCUGACUAAAGUAAUUAUUAAUAUAAAAAAAUCUUUGUGCUGUAAGCCUUUGCAUUGAGGCAGUCAAUUUUAAAUAACUUGUUUACAAAAAAAAAAAAACAGUGCAAUGAGCACUGUGUCAACAGAAAGCUUCUGAAGAUUAAUGGCAGUCUUUACAAUUGUGCGGACUACCACAGCAACCGUAUGAUGGGAAAACCAAGUCCAGUCGAUUUUCAGGCUGGAGUAAUAAAGUCUUUCUGCAGUCCCUCUCCUAUUCAGCGACUUAUCAGUUGUAUCAGAAACACAACAUGACAGCGGGCAGAUGGAACAAAAAUAACCCAGUUAUUAAACCUAGUUCUGGUAUAUCUGACACCAUUUUCCCCCAUUGGUAAAUGAGAAUGGGUUUUAGUUGAAGUUUCUCUUGGCACAAAACCACCAUACAAUUCUCACUCUACAACUGAAUAAGAGGGACUUUGAUCAAAAGAUCAUCAUGCUCCUAUUAUAUUUCUGGUGGUGGAUGAGUAAUUAUGCUUUUCUCUUUUUUAACCACCAAAUGUUUUUCUUAAGCUGACUUGGGGGAGCAGAUAAGCAACCCAGCAGUGGGCUAGAUGGCUUUCAAAGUUUUAGGUUCUUCAGACUGGGACUACAGACUUCUAUAUGCUAAGGGUCUGCUGGGGUCUGAAAAGUUGAGCUUGCUGUAUGAGUUUGGAAUGGAAAUGCAUUGUUUCUAGCAAAAAUUAUGUUUACAAUGUUUAUAAAUGGCUAUUGCUGUAUACAUUCAUUUUGUAAAUAUUUUUAAUUUGUAUUUACUUGGAUCACUACAAAAUAUCUGAAUCACAAUAAACUAUUUUGGCAGAUUA